AUGGGAGGCUCUCACAGUCGGGAGGGAUUGGAAAUCUCUGAUUCAGAGGCCGAGGAGGAGGAAGAAGAAGAAGAAGACAGGGUAGAGACGAGGCGUGAUGGAGGGGAUCCGACGACGCCGAGCAGAUCCUCUGGGAACAGCGGGAAAAGCUCGGCUCUAGACGAUGUCGAGGCCAGGCUCCAAUCCCUCAAGCUCAAGUAUGCUUCCGCCUCUCCCUCGUCUGAUUUCUCCCCGGCAAGCUUUCCGAACGCCGCCAAGCUCUACCUUCACGUCGGCGGUAGCGCUCACGACGCCAAAUGGAUCGUGUCCGAGAAGCUCGUCGCCUAUUCUUUUCGCAAGUUGUCCCCUGCCGCCGGAACGGGAGGCGAAUCCGACAGCGAUGGAGAGGCAUCCGCCUCGUGGUUCCUGAAGGUUGGAUUGAAGGUUUCGGUGAGGGUGGACCCUGGGAUGCAGCUGAAGACUUUCCCGGACCAACGACGUGUCGAUUUUGUGGCGGCUGGAGUUUGGGCCCUGAAGUUCUUCACCCCUGAAACUUACAAGCAGUUCUACAACGAGUAUCAGAACUGCUUCUUCGAGAACGUCCACGGAAUGGAGGCCAACGAGGAGAACAAGAUCAAAGUUUACGGGAAGGAAUUUUUGGGAUGGGUGAAGCCGGAAUUCGCCGAUGACACGAUCUGGGAGGACGCUGAGGAGAGCUUCGAGAAGAUUCCUCGAAUGACACAUUCCAGGUUGAGUCAAGAUCUGCUGAAAGAGUUUGAAGAGGUUGCUGACGACGGCGGUAUACAGAGUCUUGCCCUGGGGGCCUUGGAUAACAGCUUUCUGGUGAGCGAUUCUGGCAUCCAAGUGGUCAAGAACUUCAGCCAUGGAAUCCAGGGGAAGGGAGUAACAGUGAAGCUUGCUAAUAAAAUUAGCAGAGGAAGUGGUUGUUCUAACUUGGAGUUUUCUCCUGCUCCCAAGAAGGCACUUCUCAUGAAGGCUGAGAGCAACAUGCUCGUGAUGAGCCCUGAAAUGGACGGAAGGCCUCGUGCAGCUGGUGUCCAACAACUUGAUAUCGAAACGGGGAGAUCUAUCGCGCAGUGGAAAUUUGAGAAGGAUGGAACUGGCAUCGGAAUGAGGGACAUUACAAAUGAUAGCAAGGGCGCCCAGCUGUACCCAUCGGAGUCCACCUUCCUUGGGCUUGACGAUAACGCACUGUGCAGGUGGGAUAUGAGGGACAGGAAAGGCAUGGUUCAGACCAUUGCAAAGUCAACGGACUCGCCGAUAUUGCAGUGGACUCAGGGGCACCAAUUCUCUCGAGGAACGAAUUUCCAAUGUUUUGCUACUACUGGUGACGGAUCAAUUGUUGUUGGAUCUCUUGAUGGGAGGAUCAGGCUGUAUUCCAAAAGUUCAAUGAGGAUGGCAAAGACUGCGUUCCCUGGUCUUGGAUCACCAAUCACCUAUGUAGAUGUUACUUUCGAUGGGAGAUGGAUCUUGGGCACCACAGACACCUAUUUGGUGCUCAUCUCUACUGUUUUCAAGGACAAGGACGGGAAGGAGAAGACUGGAUUCAGUGGACGUAUGGGGAACAGGAUUGCAGCACCAAGACUGCUGAAGCUCACCCCCCUGGACUCCCAAUUGGCCGGAGAAAAUAACAAGUUCCAUGGUGGCCACUUCUCGUGGGUAAGUAAAUCCCUAAUCUUUUGUUACCAUUGACAGCUACAUUUUUUUUUUCUGUCUUAGAUAUUAAUUUCUGAUCUGAAAAACACAGUCUUUGGUUCCUCUUUGUGUAUUGAUCCUCUGGCAGUUCGUCUCUGUGGUGUAAUCUUCAUUUCCAUGGCAUAGGGCCACUGCUUGUUUGUUUGUACGCGGGCAGCUAGGUUCUGUUCAACAGUGUCCAGGAUUUGUGUCCCUUCCACCCUAGGGUUCAUAGUCUUCGGCGAAGAUUCCUUCUUAUGAUCCUCAAACCUGUUUUGACCCAUUUCUGGUCGCAAUAUAUAGACAGUUGACUUGUUGGAGAAGGUCCAGAACGGAGCUAGAACUCAUAAAUUUGUAGUGUUAUUAACUCGUUUGUAAAUUAGAAUCUCGCUGAAAAUUGUUAUAAGAGGCCAAGAUCUCUAGAUGAAGAGUUCUACUAUGGUAGUCGGUUACUUAUCUAUGAUAUUCUUUCUCCGCAUGUCCAUUGACCGGUUUCCACUUGCUCGCUCGGUUUUCUAACUGAUCGCUGACCUCUGAGAAGGUUGACCAACACUCGUUGACAUUCUUUGACCUCAUUCAGGUGACUGACGGGGGGAAGCAGGAGCGGCAUCUGGUCGCGACGGUCGGCAAGUUCAGCGUGGUGUGGAACUUCCAGCGGGUGAAAGACGGGCACCACGAGUGCUACCGCCUGCAGGAGGGCCUGAAGAGCUGCUACUGCUACAAGAUCGUCCCCAGGGACGAGUCAAUCGUUGACAGCCGCUUCAUGCACGAGAACUUCGCGGUCAGCGACUCCCCCGAGGCACCCCUGGUCGUCGCCACCCCCUUGAAAGUCAGCUCCUUCAGCAUCUCCCCCUCUCCCGGCGGCGGCGCCGCCACCUUCCCUCCCCAAAGAGGCAUGUAA